CGAAUUUUGAAACCGAUGGAGCGAAAGUACCAGAGAGUGGGUUUGGGGGUGGGUGCGUUUCACAAUCCCCCAAGAGCGAAAUACAGCGAGGAAACGAAAAAUCUUAUUAAGCUGUUAAUGGAGGAAUCCAAGCUAUCAAUGUUGCAAAGAAAAACGAUCCAGGAAGCGGUAGACAAGGGUGAGUCUUUACCACCUUCCAUCGACAGAACGAAAGAAGCGAAAGAUAAAGCCGAAGAUUAUCAAGUUAAAUUCCCUAGUGCUUGGAGGAGGCGUUCACAGGAUACGAUUAUAAGCAGCGGUGCUUACGAGAGAGAACAAUACAGGAGGACAGCGCCCUUACCCAACAAGGAGAAGCAAAAACGUCACUUGGCGUGUAUGAUGGCUUAUGGGAAGGACAUGCCGGAGACUCCUCACGGUCCCAAAAUCCUUCACAGGGCUAAACGAGAGCCGGAAAUACCUGAGAACGCGGAUUUUCUGAAUGACUUGGUUCAAGGGAUCCGCGAGAGAAUGGAUUUCUUGCGCGAUAUGGAGAACCUCGGAAUGGGGAAGAAGUAUCGGCCCAUAAUGCAGCAGGAGAUAGCGCAGAAAAUACGGCUGAUCGAGUCGCUGGACAGUCAAACGUCCAACGAGCUGCGAAGAGAGAUUUGUGAAGUCAAACAUGAAAGACCGUCGCCGAAACUGUUUCCGCUGACUGAACCAGGGGAAAAUUGAUUGAUGUAAUCUACACGUAAUGCGCAAAUUACAUGGCCUAGAUCGGAUUGUGUGUCAAAUAUAGUCGACUAUAUUUUUUAUCAUGUUUCAAUCGUCUGAUAAGCCACAAGUGAAUUUUACAGAUAAGAACGUAAAAGAUAAUGUCAAGUAUUAUGAUUCAACUGUCUAAAAUCGUAAAUAGAUAAAUUAUUUGUAAGA